UAACUCCUGACGUCAUCAGCGUGCGACCAGUUUCCGCUGACAGCAAAGAAGGAAACAUGUCUGCAAGGUUACUGCUCCGCUCGGCCUUCAGAGCCGCCAAGACCUGCAGGAACACCCCGAGCCUGACCCGCGGCAUGGCGGCUGGAGGGAUUCCCACCGACGAGGAGCAAGCUACAGGACUGGAGAAGGUCAUCAUGAAGGCCAUGAAGGAGGGAACGGAUCCCUACAACAUGAUGAAGCCGAAGGCGUACGCCGGCUCCAAGGCCGACCCCCACCUGGUUCCCUCCAUCACCAACAGGAGGAUUGUGGGAUGUGUCUGUGAGGAGGACAACACGGCCGUGGUGUGGUUCUGGCUCCAUGAAGGCGAGGCCCAGCGCUGCCCGUCCUGUGGUUCCCACUACCAACUGGUGUCCCAUGAGCUCCCCCACUAACUGGUCCACAGAACCCUGUUCCUCAGCUGUGUUCUGGUAGAACCCUAUUCCUCAGCUGUGUGUCUGCACACUGUUCUCUUCUCUCUCAGAUAUUCCUCUGACCGUCAGAACGUUCUUCAGUCUGCAGGAAGUUACUUUGGUUCUGUCUACUUCCUGGAGCUGCGAGUCCUCGUCUGAUUGGUCCUUCUUCUGUCUCAGUACUUGAUGAACCUGCUGACCUCAUCAGUCUUUAUUGACCUGUUAGCAGUUCCCCAGGGACCACUUGAGCCUCAGUUUACAUUGACUCCUGUACUGUACGAUGUUACACUCGCUCCACUUACCUCCUUUAUUCUGACAAUAAAGUCCUCCAGUGUGAUCGUC